AUGCCCCAGGUGAUCACGGACCAGAACAUCGUCAAGGGCCAGAAGCAGAAUGGAUUCCCCAUGCGCAAGUGGAAGAUCUCCUUAGCAGGCGUGAAUGCCAAUGGCGACGACGAACCUAUGCCCUAUGUGGACUAUGUCGAAUACAUCCUCCACCAGACCUUUGAACAACCCCUCAGGAAGGUGACCGAAUAUCCAUUUGUGUUACAGGAGAAGGGGUGGGGCGAGUUCGACAUGAAGAUCAUGCUGCACUUUGUCGAAAAGUCGGUGCCACCGUUCGUACUGGAUCAUGAUCUCAACUUUCAGCAGAACCACUACGAGAUGCCUCAGACAAUCACAUUUUCAAAGAUUGACGGGAAGCACAGCUUUUUGAAGCUGCUGAACUCUCCUGCGACUAAUGCAUCGGACAGAGAGUCAAGCAACGACAGCACAAACGACGGAUCGACACAUAAGCGACGAAGGGAAGCAUUGACAAAGGAGAAAUCAAAGCGGAUCAAGGAUGACCGGAGUUCAGAUGAUGAUAGUCAAGCAAACAGCAGUGCUGCUGUCUCGGGAGACGAAGACGACAAGAUCGACGUACAUCAACUGGCCAAAAAGUUCCAGAUGCUUCACCCUGACGAUUUGAUUCCCUUGGUGAACUUGGUCAAGGCUAACCAGACCUCGGAAAUGUAUGUCAAGGAAGAUGGAGAAGCGGGCGAAUUUCAUAUCGACCUCCGGACGUUGGGUGAUUCGUUGUUGGCGGUGCUCUGGAAGUUCUGCGACGAUUGUUUGGAGAAGUAUCAAAAGGCUCACAAGAAAAAGUGA